UUGCACCUCUCCAUAGAGAACGACAAGCAAGUUCAAGUGAAAGCAUUUUCUUGAUAAGCUAUCAAAUUAAGCGAGCGACGCAGCUUUUCGUAUACAGCCCUGUAAAAGAUGGCAAUGAUCCCAAGCUUCUUCGACAACAGACGAGGCACCAUCUUUGAUCCAUUCACUUGGGAACCCUUCAAGGACUUCCCUUUCCCUUCAUCCUCACUUGUCUCUCAUGACAAUUCAGCCUUUGUUAACACGCGCAUCGAUUGGAAAGAGACCCCAGAAGCCCAUGUCUUUAAGGCCGAUCUUCCUGGUCUUAAGAAGGAGGAGGUGAAGGUGGAGGUUGAGGAUGACAGGGUGCUUCAGAUCAGCGGGGAGAGGAACGUGGAGAAGGAGGACAAGAAUGACACAUGGCAUCGUGUCGAGCGUAGCAGCGGCAAGUUCCUGAGGAGGUUCAGACUGCCUGAGAAUGCUAAGGUGGAUCAGGUCAAGGCUUCUAUGGAGAAUGGGGUGCUUACAGUGACUGUGCCGAAGGAGGAAGUUAAGAAACCUGAUGUCAAGGCUAUUGAAAUCUCUGGUUGAGUGAGAUUAUACAGCCAUUGUGAGAAUUGGGUGCCUGUCUGUGACUCUGUGUGUGUUCUUAAUUAUGAUAGUAGCUCAAAAUCUUGUGUCACUGUUAAUACGAUAAUGUGUAUGCAAGUGUUUGUUUCAAGCUUCUUCUGAAGUUUUAAAUGAUGAGUUAAUCAAUAGAAUAUGUUGUCUAUUUCUUCUUGUGA